CCACCCCAUGGUCCUAGCAGCAUGGACAGUGUACUCAGCCUUACUGCUUGCUCCCCCAGGUUUCUUCCUGUCCCCUAAAGCCCCCGGGCCUGCACCAUGGACUUUCAGCACCGACCUGGAGGCAAGACGGGGAGUGGGGGCGUGGCCUCCUCCUCUGAGAGCAACAGGGACCGCAGGGAGCGGCUGCGGCAACUGGCCCUCGAGACCAUCGACAUCAACAAGGACCCAUAUUUCAUGAAGAACCACCUGGGAUCCUAUGAAUGCAAGCUCUGCCUGACUCUGCAUAACAAUGAGGGGAGCUACCUGGCCCAUACCCAAGGGAAGAAACACCAGACUAACCUGGCCCGGCGAGCGGCCAAGGAGGCCAAGGAGGCCCCCGCCCAGCCUGCCCCGGAGAAGGUCAAGGUGGAGGUGAAGAAGUUCGUGAAGAUUGGCCGCCCUGGCUACAAAGUGACAAAGCAGAGGGACACAGAGAUGGGCCAGCAGAGCCUGCUGUUCCAGAUUGACUACCCCGAGAUUGCAGAGGGCAUCAUGCCACGCCACCGCUUCAUGUCUGCCUACGAGCAGAGGAUUGAGCCCCCGGACCGCCGCUGGCAGUACCUGCUCAUGGCCGCCGAGCCCUAUGAGACGAUUGCCUUCAAGGUACCGAGCCGAGAGAUUGACAAGGCUGAGGGCAAGUUCUGGACCCACUGGAACCGAGAGACCAAGCAGUUUUUUCUUCAGUUCCACUUUAAGAUGGAGAAGCCCCCAGCCCCACCCAGUCUCCCAGCUGGACCCCCAGGCGUCAAGCGGCCACCGCCUCCACUAAUGAAUGGCCUUCCUCCUCGCCCACCACUCCCUGAUGCCUUGCCCCCACCUCCACCUGGUGGCCUGCCUCUACCCCCUAUGCCCCCCACUGGGCCUGCUCCCUCUGGGCCCCCUGGACCUCCCCAGAUGCCUCCACCAGCUCCUGGGGUGCACCCCCCAGCCCCAGUAGUCCACCCACCCACAUCUGGAGUUCAUCCCCCAGCUCCUGGGGUACACCCUCCAGCACCAGUGGUCCACCCACCAACAUCUGGGGUCCAUCCCCCAGCUCCUGGGGUGCACCCACCAGCCCCUGGGGUGCACCCACCUGCCCCUGGAGUGCACCCACCUGCCCCUGGAGUGCACCCACCUGCCCCAGGUGUGCACCCACCAGCUCCAGGUGUGCACCCACCUGCCCCAGGUGUGCACCCACCAGCUCCAGGUGUGCACCCUCCGCCAUCAGCUGGCGUUCAUCCUCAAGCUCCAGGGGUACACCCACCUGCUCCUGCAGUCCAUCCUCAGGCUCCUGGGGUACACCCCCCAGCCCCUGGGAUCCACCCUCAGGCACCAGGAGUGCAUCCCCAGCCUCCUCCUGGUGUCCACCCUGCUGCCCCCGGGGUCCACCCUCAGCCCCCAGGAGUUCACCCCUCAAAUCCUGGAGUGCACCCAGCUCCUAUGCCCCCCAUGCUAAGGCCCCCACUUCCCUCAGAGGGCCCUGGGAACAUGCCCCCCCCUCCACCAGGCAACUGAGCAGUUGCCCCAUGUGUGUGGUCUUUUCCCAUGGCCAGUCCUUGGAAGGUUUUCUAUUUUGUCCUGUCCUGCGCCUAUUAAACAGCCUCCCCCAUGUCUCCAUGUCUGCAGUGUGUGUU